AGCAACAAGCGAAAGUCAACGAAAAUGAAGGAACUGCUGAUUUUAUUGUUGGUGAGUGGAGUCCUGAGCGAGGCUCCUUAUGCACCCAGUGGCUGGCGGCCCAGCGGUCCCGCCUUCGAAUUGCCAUCAAAAGCGCCCUCUCAGACUCCUCAAAGAGCUGAAUAUCUUCCGCCAGUCGACCCCCGUACCAACAGACCAGGUUUUGAUCCUGUCGCCGAUGUAUCAGUCCAAGGCUUGCCUACACAGGAACAGCUGCCGAUAUUCCAGGUAUCACCAAUCAACGGACAGCAAUAUGUUGGUCCGAACUUCAACAGUGAUAUCAAAGGAUUGGAAUCUAACUUUCAAGAAUCUCAGUUCCAGCUUCAACAGGAAAAGGCUCGUCAGUUGUCAAGACAGCAGCAAUUCCCUGCUAACCCCAACGCCGCAAGCGGUCUACCAAACCCACAGCCACCUCGCCAAUUCGCUCAAACUACACCAGCCACCACAACUAUUGCAAGACCCAAGCAAGCCGAACCUACAACUGAGCCUAGCUUGAACAAUGAUGAUGAUAAACUAGACAAGGACGCUUUGCCAAAGAAAGCGAAGAUAUCAGUCGAAGUAUCUAAGCAAAAUCUCCAAGAAUACCCACCAGAAUUCUUCUUAAGUUCAUUAGCACAGCUGCAGUUACAGCCACAAUUCUUACCAUUGCAACAGUUCGGACAGAUUAGGGAACAAGUCUAUUAUCAACCGCCACAGCAAGGGGCCCCUGCGAAGCAAACCGCUGGUUAUGACGGCCAAACUCACUUCGCAGCGCUCCCAUCAGUUUUAGCUCAAAACCAAAUUGCUCCGCAGCAGCAAGCUUUUAUCCCAGCUCAACAAGCAAUCGUACAGAAACCAGCUUUAUUAGUCCAACAAACUCAACAACCAGCUAAUCCUAUAAUUGUACAAGCGGAAGAACCUUUACCCCAAUACCAACCGGUUGCUCAAUACCAGCCGAUUGCGCAACCAACGAUCAACCAAGAACCGCUACCUCAAUAUCAACCCGUCAACCAAUACCAACCGAUACAACCCCAGUUCAACCAAGAACCACUCCCACAAUAUCAACCGGUUCCUAAUCAAUAUCAACCAGCUUUACAAGGACAGGAACCAUUACCACAAUACCAACCUGUAAACCAAUAUCAACCAAUCAAUCCUCAGCAGUACCCUCAGGCUACACCAGUGGUAUACCAGCCCCAAGCGAACCUUCCACCACAAAACCCUCAAGCAGAAGCAAUUGAUACCAACGAACAACCACAAUACAUUUACACACAACAAACUUACCAACCUCAAGAAGUAUACCAACCCCAACAGGCUUACCAACCUCAAAUCCAAACUCAAUACACAUCUCAACAAGGUUUUAUACCACAAAGUCAGGCGAAUUAUCCUCAAGAUUUGAAUCAGUAUUACCAGAAUCAAUUCCCUCAGCAAUUUAAUCAGUUCGGAGCAGAGCCUAUAGUUCAAGGACAAGAUGCUUUACAGAGUGGUCUAGAUGUUAGUAAUGAAGAUAAUGGUAUUGAUCAGGAAGAACAAGAAGAAGAUGAACAAGACGAUGGUACUAAGGCUACCGCUGUAGCAACAGCAUUCGGGGCAAGAACUCAACCCCGUGCUUUUUCUCAAUACGGUGUUCCCGCUUCUAGUCCAAGAGAUCAAGCUAAUCGUGGAUACCAAACCACAACGGAAUCUGAUAUUGAGGAGACUACUGAAGAAGCCCCAGCUAUUGCCCAGGCCACUGCUGUCGCUACGCCCUCUAGGAACAGGAGUGCGAGACUAAGGAGCCGUCGCCCUCGUCCGCUCUUCACUGUGGAUAGAUCUGGUCACCUUGUACUCGCUAAAGAACAAUAGUCAAUCUCUACUCAUGACAAUAAUAUUUAAUUAUUUAUUCCUGUUACUUUAAAACUACGCUUAAAACAUGGAGUAGUAAUUUUUAAAAUGUUCAUACUUUGUUAACAUUUUAAAAUUUAUUCUUUUGUUUUAAAAAGCGUUCUUUUACGGAAUCUUUCAAUUAUUUUCUUAAAUUAUUUUUUCUGUCUAUGCUUACUUCUUGAUGUGAGUUUCCACUGUCUUGAAACGCCUGUAGGAAAAUUUACUGACUUCUUUGCAGUGGAAACCUACAGUUUGCUGGUCACUUGCAAUAUGAAAAGUGAAUUUGAUUUCCCUUAUUUCUUGUGUAUACAUAUUAUAUAUAUCGAGUUAUUUAUGUAUAUAAAACAUUCAGUCUAUUUUACAAUUACUUCUAAUUAUUUAUUUCCGAAAAAUUUUAUAACU